AUGGUUGGAUCUAGUCAGCACUUGUGGCUGAAACAAGUGGGGGGCGCGUGGUCUUGUUGCCUGCCGUGCGCCGGCGGCGGCGGCGGAGGCGUCGGGAGUGAAUCCAUUUCCGGACCUACUCCCGAGAUUACGAGGAAAGCACCUUGCAUACAGAAACAACAUCAACUGCAGAAAAUUUUGCUUCCAUUGAUAAACAAUCAGCAACGCGCCCCUCUCGGUGACCUUGACGAGGAUCUCGACGAUCUUGAAGACGAGAGGGAUCCGUUGCCAAAAGAGGAAGAUAGUUCUCGAGAGGGUGGAACUCAACAUCGCUUAAGCCCCCGGCUUCACGACAUUGAGGAGGAGGACGAUGAGGAGGGUCGUCACACUCGAGAGAGAACCUAUCAGAAGAAAUCACCAACACCCAGUGGCGGAGGAGGCAACAGAUCCGGGUGGCGGGCGCGCAGGAGUGUUACGACGACUGGUGCUCCAGGGCACCCACAUCACGUGAUUGCGACUGCCGCCGCCACGGCUCAAGCCAGGAUGCAGGCCGAGCAGGGGAGCAUCGGCGAACUGAGGGGUUACCAUAAUCUUCGAUCCAGAAGACACACUUUAGCGAACGUUCGGUAAGUGGUUGCCUUACGUCAUAAUCGAUGCAAAGCCUUUCAUAUAUCU